GUCUUUCUCACACAUUAAUUUUGACACUACCAUGUUCCAGUCUCAUAAAGAUUCUGACUAGACCAAUCCAGAUUCGGACCACGCACUAAAGGGCUUUUCUGACCAUAAAACGAGUCGAAGAUCGUCUAGAUUUCUCAUUCUCGCAUCACCUGGCUUUACUCCUGCCUUGCAUCCCAACAAAAUCUUACAAUCAGUGUUGACAGGAUGUUCCAGACCAGCUCUACUUAUCCUUCCGGAAUGCGCUAUGCGGUCCAUAGUGAGGCAGACUGUGUUGACAACCAUCUUCAGUCGUCUGGCGGUUAUCGUCCCAUCUACACUGCAGGGAAGAAUUAUCCUUACUUUGAUCUAUACCCAUCAGCAGCGGUGCAUCACAGCAGUGCGCAUGACGACAUACGCCCCAUCUAUGCCAAGGGAAUGGGUUAUCCUCAUUUUGACCUCUACCCCGCUCGUGACCUUCAUGGUUACCCACCUCUUCGUUUUGUUUCCACGAAAGCGGCUCAGCAAAUCCCGAAAGAGAGAUUCGUCGCGUUCCGCAGGGGACUCAGUAGGAAGAGGAGUACGGUCCAGCGUUGCAUCUCGAAAUUCGCGGAUUCCAUCCUGAAGACACUUAAGCCGGUUUCGCGCAACGUCGUCUAGAUUCUAAUCGUACAAUGCAGCUUGCUUCUCUAAUAUCUUGACCCACCCCUUCGAAAUCAUAUGAGACUGGGGCUUGGAUCUUGGGCUUUGGUUCGAACGUUCAAAAAUGGUCUGAUUUACUGUACUGGCACGACCAACAACCGGUCACGCAUCAUCCAGUUUGGAGCGU